AUCAUCACUCCUUCUCCCAUUGUUUCUUCCCUCUCUCUUUUCCUUGAUUUCAAUACUACACACCUUCUUUUAGUAGUGUUUAACGGUCAGGAUGAGUGGAUUGGUGGGUGGGGACAAUCUGAUGGGGAUAGGAGGGAGGGACGAUGUGGUGGAGCACUUGAGGUUGGCAUGGGAGCUGAUAAAGGGUCCGGUGGUGAUGCCACUGCUGCGGGUGGCUGUGUUCGUGUGUGCGGUGAUGUCAGUGAUGCUGUUCGUGAAGAGAGUGUAUAUGGCUGCGGUGAUUGUGUGUGUAAAGCUGUUGGGGAAAAAGAGGUACACAAAAUACAGGAGAGAGAUCAUGAGAGAAGACUUGGAGCGGAGCCGGAGCCAUCCUAGGGUGCUUGUUCAGAUACCCAUGUAUAAUGAGAAAGAGGUUUAUAAACUUUCGAUUGGAGCUGCGGGGGAGAUGUCAUGGCCAUCUGAUAAACUCAUAAUUCAAGUACUUGAUGAUUCCACAAACCCAGAAAUCGGGGACAUGGUGGAAUUUGAGUGCGAAAAAUGGUUGGAGAAGGGAGUAAAUAUCAAGUAUGAAAGAAGGGAAAAUAGGAAUGGGUACAAGGCCGGAGCACUCCGUGAAGGUCUUGAGAAACAGUAUGUUAAAGAUUGCGAAUUUGUCGCCAUUUUCGACGCUGACUUCCAGCCUGAACCAGACUACUUAUGGAGGACAAUCCCCUUCCUUCUUCACAAUCCAGACCUUGCCUUGGUCCAAGCUCGAUGGAAAUUUGUAAAUGCAAAUGAAUGUCUGAUGACACGCCUCCAAGAAAUGUCACUGGACUAUCAUUUCAGUGUGGAGCAAGAAGUGGGCUCUUCCACCUAUUCGUUCUUUGGAUUCAACGGGACUGCUGGAGUAUGGAGAAUCCAAGCACUCAUGGAUGCUGGAGGAUGGAAAGACAGGACUACAGUAGAAGACAUGGAUCUUGCUGUUAGGGCCAGCCUUAAGGGUUGGAAGUUUGUCUUUGUCGGAGAUUUAUCGGUGAAAAACGAACUGCCGAGCACUUACAAAGCCUAUCGAUAUCAACAGCAUCGCUGGUCAUGUGGCCCGGCUAACUUGUUUCGGAAAAUGUCCAAGGAAAUUCUAUGUUGUGAGAAAGUAUCCUUCUGGAAGAAGUUCCACGUCUUGUAUGCAUUCUUCUUUGUUAGGAAGAUAGUCGCGCAUUGGGUCACAUUCUUCUUCUACUGCAUAAUUAUUCCCGCAUGCGUGUUAAUUCAAGAAGUCCAGCUUCCAAAAUACAUUGCAAUUUACAUUCCGUCCGUGAUCACCAUCCUCAAUUCAAUCUGCACUCCAAGGUCUAUACAUUUGCUUGUUUUCUGGAUACUCUUCGAGAAUGUCAUGUCUCUGCAUCGAACCAAGGCGGCAAUAAUUGGGCUCCUGGAAGCGGACCGUGUAAAUGAGUGGGUCGUUACUGAGAAGCUUGGGAACACCUUGAAGAAUAGGUCCGCCGUCGCCAGCACCAGCACCAGCACCAGUGACAGCGCCAGCACCAAUGCCAGAAUGAGACCUCAAAGGAGGCCCAGAUUAAAAUUUAUAGAAAGGAUUCAUGUAAUGGAGCUGAUAAUGGGCGUCUUUCUCUUAUACUGCGCAAUCUAUGAUGUUAUCUUGGGCCGGGACUACUUCUUCUUCUAUCUAUUCCUCCAAUCUGCGGCCUUUUUCGUCAUGGGAUUUGGGUACAUGGGCACUUUUGUGCCCUCCAAUUAGAGGCCACGCCAAGAUGGCAUAAUGCCCCUAUAGUAGGAGAAUGUCUAAAGUGUGAAGUUAGUAUGUUUGGAUGUCUGAAGUGUGAUUUAUACAUGCCUAUAGUAGUGGGAUGUGAUCCAUGAGAGAGUUGAUGUAUCUUAUGUGGACUACUUAAAAUAGCUUAUACACAUUUGUAUAUGGCUUAUUUGGAUGUAGAGAAUCCAAAAUAUGGACAUGAAAAACUCCUAUGGAUGCUUUAGGAAAUGGAAAAUUAUAAUUA